CCCCCCGACGAGUUUCCGCCGCAGUGCCGCCCUCGGCGUCUUGCGGUUGCGUCGCGCUUGCGUUUUAACUCGGCAUUCAGUCUCCGAGACGCCAAACAAACGCGCAACGCGCCGCCAACUCGCAGCCAUCUCGUCGGUUCAAUAACAUCGCCAAAAUUCCGAAAAUAAUGAAGAAUGCCGAACGCUUAAUCGAAGCGGUUCGAAGUCGGCCAUUCCUCUACGACCAGUCGCUGCAAACCUUCAGACACCUCGCCACCAAGAACCGGAACUGGAUUGAAGUCGCCAAGAUUGUCUAUGGUCGGGAGGACAACACCACAGUGAACAGAGUCAAGAUGCAGUGGAAGAGCCUCCGGGACGCCUUCGUCAAGCAGCAGCGCAAGCGCCAGGGGGCCACGGGGCUCGUCCGGCCCUACAUUUACGAAAACGAGAUGCAGUUCCUUCUGCCGCACAUCCUGAUGAAGGAACGGGACGAGUACGGGUCCGGGGACGACAAAGGGGACGACGUCCCGUUGUCGAAAUUCGAGGUGAAGACGGAGGACAGUGUGAGUCUCAGUGCAAGCGUGUCCGGGGACUCACAGCCCGAUAUGGAGUUCGAGGAGGAGAGCGAGGACGUGGGGAACAGUCUGACACAAGCGGCCGAGAGGAAAAAUCGGGGUAGAGUGGCCUACGCGGAAAUGCAUCCCGUGGACGCGUUUUUCCAGGGGAUCGCCCAGACGGUGAAGCAGUUGACGCCUAGCACGGUUGCUAAGGUGAAGAAAGCGGUGGCGAAUAUUGUGAUGGAUGCGGAGAUUGAUGAGUUGGAGGGGAGCAGGGAGGGGUCGACGUAGAGUUUUUUAGAUUUGUAUUUUUGUAAGGAUUUAUAGGUUUGGAAAUAAAACCGUCAGUUUGUUAA